AUGCUGUUUAGCAAGAUUACCGUACAUCUCUCUUGUCUACAGAAAGGGAGAUUCUUCUGUUUUGAUUCAGGCAAGCAUUUUCUACUUCAUAUAGAACGGAUAUUUUGUAAGUAAAAUGCAAGAAUAUUUUGAACACUUUAAAAUACACAGAAAUGAUCAAACAAAUUGAGUGUUUUGCUCAGUAAAGUAUACCUAAACAUUCUCAAAGCUCUCAGGCAGUUUAAGGCUACAGACUCCAGAAUGGCUGUGCAUCCUGCCCAUUGCAUUCAACAUCCGUGUCUGCGCGUACUAGCCACUUCCCUGGCCCUUUGUCUCUGUCUCCUCAAUGAUACUGCUGCUAUGGUGAAAAAUAGAAAGAACAACAGGAUAUUGUCUGGUUCUGGUCUGUGAGCCAACUGUGACAAAAUGUUGUUUUCUCCUCGGUUUGGGGAUUCUUGUUGGCUUUUAUUAGUCCUGGGCGAGCCUAAGCACAUUAAGAUGCUUUUUAAAUUCUUUCAGUUAGUGUGGAAACCUUGAGUCUCUGCAAGGAAGGUGACGUCCUGUGCCCUGGCACAGACAUUCCUGUCCUGGAGGAUGAUACUCUGACUCACACAGAGGAAAAGAAGAGUUCUGUUGUAAAACACAACAGGAAGGCGUCCUGCGCUGCUGUGUGCCAGGAGGACACCUGCAGGGCUGCCGCAGGGGUGGAAGUGAGCCACAGGCUAUAUGGAUAGUGCUGAGAAAACUGCACGGCAGCACAAAUCUGACGCCAAACUAGGGUGCUAUUUUUGGUUUCCGUUCUGCUUUUCUGACACCUGUAGGAAAGCGUGAAGUGCGCAACAGACUUCUGCAGUGCCUUACAGAGCGAAGGAACCGUUGCAGGGUAUGGGAUCACAGUGAAGCAUUCUUGCUUAGCAAUCAGGAAUAAUUAUAACCCAAGGAUAUGAACUGUAAAUGUGCUGGAGUUGCCAAGGCAGGAGCUGGCUGCGUGCCAGCACUUGCAUGAGGACAUACCAUCCUGUCAGGACUCCCUGGCAGCAGCCGGUAACACCCAGGUGUACUUAUCAGAUGCUUUCUGUGAUCUUUACCAGUGAAUCUGCACAAGCAAUUCCUUCCUGAACGCACUUUAGGAACUGCAUCUUUGUCCUCAAACUGCUUCAACUCCUAGAGAAAUAAUUAUACUUAACAAGGCCUUAUUUCCUACAGAAAAAUAUAAUGACUGAAUUCCUGGUUUGUUUUAAUUGGUGCAAUGGUGAACAGCCCCAGCCGAAGAGGCGGCGGAGACUGGACCGAAAUAUGAUAGGCGAACCAAUGAACUUUGUACACACUGCGCAUGUUGGAGCAAGAGAGAUGAGUAGUGACUAUUCAUCAGCUGUAUCAAUUCAGGACCACAUGAAGUCUAAAGGUGGCUACCCAAAUGGCACUUCGGCAACUGUUGAGAUAUAAGAAACUCGGAGAAAGCCGAAAUCUGCUCUGUCUUAUGAGGACCCCCUGGACUGUGCUUUCAUAUUCUCUAAAACCUCUUUAUCGUGGAGUAGGGAGAGUACUUCAAUUAUAAAUAGGACCAUGGAAGCUUUGGUGUUCUCUUCACAAUACCUUCUGGAGGAGUUACUGUAAAUUAUUCUUAAAAUGGUUUGUCAUCGUAGUGUUGUAGUAGCAAUGGUAAUUUGUCACUGUGGAUGACUUCCUAGCUGUGUCCCAAAAACCUCACAAAGAUGUCUUGUAGGAUGGAAUUGGAAGCCAGUGUGAAUUGUCUGGGUUUUGGUGUCAUAUCUUUUUCUCCCAUCAAGAAAUGCAGAGGUUGAUUUAACUGGAAGAUAUCACAUGUUUGCACCUCUUACAUGGACUAAACUGAAUUGCUAAGUAGGAUCUUGUAACCUGCAAUAUAACCUUAGAAGUAUUUUUAGGCGGUUUACAAACUAAUGCAUAAAUCUACUGAGCUGUACUUCAGUGUUUUUUUUAAUGUCUUGUGAUGGUGGACAAACUCUAAUGUAAUAUAGUUAGCUGAGUCUGCAAAACCCAGUGAAACUUCUGCCUUCCUGUGAUAAUGCUUUUGUAGCUGAAAAUGGAGGUUUUGCAAACAUACCCACUCUCAAAUGAGGCUUAGAAAACCAGACUUUUCUCUCAGUUACUAGGCUGCCUCCCUUCCAUACACACAGUAGUAUGACUGACGGGUAUUAGUACAACAGAGUUGUUAAUAUUUACCAGUUAACUUCAAGUGGUGCUACAAUAUGCUUGCAACUGUGUGUUAAUUUUGCAUGACUACUACUGAAUUUUAAACGCAUUUAAGAUCACUCUCUCUGUUACCUAUCUGUAACAGGACUUCAAGGGAUAUCUUACUUGUCUUUCUGGCUCCUUAAUUUUGAGACUGUCUGGGGAGUUGUUUUUUCUUUUUUUCAGAUGAACUGAAUUUUUUCUUGUGUACAGCUUAAAUAAAAAGUAUGGUUUAAGUGAUACAGCCAUGUGAAGGACAGAAGUAUAAAGAAUAUUGUGAAAACUUGCAAGGGAAUAUUAAAUGGAAAUGGUGUCUGGCAGAGUUCCAGCACUUCAUAAACAUGGAUUUUUAGCCAUACCAAAACUACAGUUUAUUGCUUAGUUCUUAUUCAUCUUUCUAUUAAUUGAUAUGACAAAACUGCUGAAGGAGAGCUAGGUUUUUCUUUUACCUAAUCGCUGACAACUGUUCCCUAGCUCAAAAUUCUGAAUGACUACCAGUGCAGAAACUUAGGAAAUCUGCUUGUUGUCAUGGAAUUAACUAAAUACAAGUGUUAAAAUUGCUACCAUGUUAGCACCAGUUAUGCUGGAAGUCUGCGGAACUCCCUCCUCCUUGCUCUAGGUAUAAGAUCAGUUAUGAACUGUUUUCCAUUUUAAAAAAAACCAAACUUCUAGCUGGCAAAUCUUUUUAACUUGUAUGAUUCUGUUUGUGGCUUGUGAUACUUCUUAAAUCUAGACUGCUGGCUUUGCUGAAUUGUUAGGCUGCCUUUUCUGAGUAUACUAGGAAGCUUAAAACAUGAAAGGUGGCUCUGUUUCUGUAUACAUUCAAGAAAAAAAAAAAAACAACUCCUCCCCUGUUUCAUCCUUAAGGGCCAAAGAAUGUUACUUUCUGUGAUAGUCAACAGCUGAUCAUAACAUUCUGCAACCACAUAGAAGUAUAAUAUCCAUGUCUUGAUAGAUCCUUACUCUUGAUUUAGAAUACAUGCCAAAUUUUAAUAUAUUUUAAAAUUAGCAUGCUUUAGCUCUACAUUUAGCUUUUUAAAGUCUCUCAUAUUUGUCUUCUAACUUCAGGUUUAUUCCAAAAGCCUAGUUAAGAUACAGAGUUCAAAGAAGCCAAUGAGGAAGCAUGAAGUGGUCUAGUUGUUUUAAAGAAUAGAUCCUAAUUUAUCUGCUAUUGAGUUCAGGCAUUCAUUGGUCCAUACCUGCCCAGAAAAAAAUAGUGGUAGGGCAGCUGUCAUGAAGAAAAUGGGUUGUAUUUUGUGAACAAAUUGAAUGGGAGUUAGUAUUUCCUGAAAACCCAUUCAGUAUGUUUAAGAUUAGCGGUGUAUACAUAAUUAGAAAUAAAGGCGUUGGUGAUCAUGUUAUUCUUGUUAAAAGUAUAUCAACAGAGGGGUUUUUUUGUUAUUAAACCCUUAUUUAUAGAAAAACCUUAGUUUUUAUUAUGUAAACCAAGUAGCAUUAUCUAGUGUAAAACUAACCUAUUUUAAUCUGACUGUAUAGUAUUGUAUAGGACCAUUUUACAGUGCCGCAUCAUUAAAAGGAAAAGUUUUGCUAUUGCAUUAAAGGCACCAUUACUUUUAAAAUCUAAACAAACAUAAAAGCAUGACUUAGGUAUUUUUUUGUUGUAUAUUUAGAAACCUUAUUCAGCUGUAUUCUGCCAUGUAAUUCAGUAUAAAUCUG